UUUGUCCCAAUUCUAUAAAUUCAAGUGAUAAAAUAUUGAGAUAAAUAAGACACCCAAGUGUAGUGAGUUUUUUCCCCCUUUCUAUAUGUAAAGAUCGAUUUGUUUAUUUACCAAUAAAACAGGAGAGAACUACAUCCCGAAGGAAUAAUUUACACAUCAGGGGACUCGCAUUAUUCGCUGAUGAAAGUAGCAAGACUUCUUAGAGUCAAGUGUGUGGUAGUUGGAACUCUAAUCUCAGGUGAGAUUGACUAUAACCAACUAAAGAAGUCACUUCUUGCAAACAAGGACAAGCCAGCCAUAAUCAACCUAAACAUAGGGACUACCUUGAAGGGCGCCAUUGAUGACCUGGAUCUUGUACUCCAAUCACUUGAGGACUGUGGUUUCACUCAAGAUCGAUUCUACAUUCAUUGUGAUGCCGCACUAUACGGAAUGAUGGUACCUUUCGAUGUUCGAGCAGCAGAUAUUUCUUUCAAGAAACCGAUUGGAAGCAUAACUAUUUCUGGACACAAGUUCCUGGGCUGUCCAAUGCCUUGUGGCAUUUUUAUAACUCGUUUAAGACACAUUGAUUUUCUCUCAAGCGAAAAAGUAGAAUACAUUGCCUCAAAAGACAACACCAUAUCUGGAAGUCGAGGAGGCCAUGCUGCCAUCUUCAUUUGCUAUGCUCUCAACAAGAAAGGGUUCGAGGGCCUUCAACAAGAAGUUCAAGAAUGCAUCAAGAAAGCGAUUUACCUUCGAGACUCCUUGAGAUACCACGGCAUUGGAGCAUUGCUAAACAAGUUCAGCAACACUGUGGUGUUUGAGAGGCCUCAAGAUGAUGCGUUUGCUCGCAAGUGGAGCUUGGCUAGCAAAGGGAAUAUAUCACAUGUGGUAGUGAUGCAACAUGUGUCGCAGGAAAUGUUGGAUUCGUUUGUGAGUGAGUUUGUGAAGAAUCGUUGUGCUUGGUACCAAGGUAAUAAUAAGCAAAUGAAGCCUCCUUGCGUUGCUGAGGAUAUUGGUGCUGAGAAUUGUGCUUGUGCUUUUCAUAAGACGACGAUUUCUUGGUAA